GUUAGUAAUUGAGAGUAAUCUGCCCCUGAUCGCACGAAGAAAGCGAGGAUGGCGAACUCACGACCAAGCAGAGGCAAACUUUGUGUGCGAGUUGUCAUAGACAUUGUAUGCAUCGCUUUAGUUGCGAUCCCAAUUGGUCUCUUCACCUUGAUUGGUGUCCCAUACCACCGAGGGUUCUUCUGUAAUGACGAGAGUCUCAAGCACCCCUUCCUCGGGAACACCAUCCCAACUUGGCUGCUGGGUGUGGUCGGCCUGGGACUUCCCAUUCUGUGUAUUUUGGUCAUUGAAGCUCUUCAUGAGAAGAAAACCUCCUGUUUUGGGAUCGUUUCCACAGACCCAAACGAGCACACAAAAAGUUACUUUGAAAAAUGUUACAAAAUUAUCAUCGUGUUCAUAUUUGGGUCAGCUGUCACUCAACUUCUGACAGAAAUCGGCAAGUUCAGUAUCGGGAGACUCCGCCCACAUUUCUUUGCAGUGUGCAAUCCGGACAUGGCCAACAUAGACUGUAACAGUGGCUAUAUCAUAGACUUCACAUGUAAAGGAACAAAUUCUUAUCGUCUUCGAGAUAUGAGACUGUCCUUCCCCUCUGGCCAUGCCUCCAUCGCGGUCUACUGCAUGAUCUUCCUUAUGGCAUAUCUCCAGGCUCGACUGACUACAGCCAGAACUAACCUGAUCCGCCCAGUUAUGCAGCUCGUUGCCUUUGGUCUUGCUUUCUUCACGUGUUUGUCACGAAUCUCAGACUACAAGCAUCACUGGAGCGAUGUGCUAGCUGGUGCCAUUCUUGGCACCCUUAUUAGCUGCCUCGUGAUAACAUUUCUGAGCAGUUUCCGCUUGGAGCGAAGAUCUGUGAUGAGAUUUUACAGAAGUCGCCAUGAGAAAUUCCCUCUCUACCAUCAAAAUGGCCGCCAGGAGACUUCCUCCUCGGGCCCUAGUGAUGACACAGCAGAAAUGAACGAGGAGCUGACGCAUGUCAUUAGUCAUGUGAGCCGUGGCAAGUGAGGAUGUCAUGGCUGGAACAUGUGGGUCAUGCAACAUGGUUGUGAUAAUCCUUGCCAGUUUCUGUGUCUUGUGGAGUCAAUUAUACGCCAUCAUGCAAACCUGUGAAAUGUGCCUGAGCUUAUGUGUUGUGAGAGAUAGGAUUGUUGUAGCAUAUCAUGAAAGUAGAAAUAGCAGUAUUCGAUAUUAGCAUUUCAUCUUGCAGGGUUUGAAACUAAGUGACUACGGUUUUAUAUUGAAUGUACUUGAUAUUAUUUGUCACUUUAGAUUCAAACGUAUUACUGUAUUCAUGGAAUAUUGUUAUAGGCAGCAUAUUUGAAUAUUUGUCUGAGGCCAGGCCACAGAAUGUGUGUCCCAUAGCUCGGUCAAAUGUAGAGUGAUGGUAACAUGCGUACAAGUCUUGUUUCCGGUGAACACUUUAUAUUAUAUACACCACUUUCCUGUUGCCAUGGUUUCCUUUGUUUUAACUGUAGGUCUAUUAGCGGAUACAUUGCGAUUCAUUUACAAGUGAAUGCAUGUAAACUUUUUUCAUGUUGGCAUGUUGUGAUGUUUAUGUGAAGGAUUUCUUACAAUUCCAGACCUGAAUUUAAAUCAAAAUCAUGAGUCAUGUAAACCUGGGGUACGAACUCUUAACCUACUGAUAUUACUAGUCUGGAGAAAGAAGGAUUUAGAGAAUAUUUUUGGGCAAAUAUUCCCUAUUUGUUACUUUUGUCAGCUGUGAUUUGUAAAUAUCACAUUCACUGGAAAAAGUAAAUAAACUUAUACUCACUCAGAGUGGGGUAUCAGUUAGCUAUUCAUCAUAUUUUCCUCCGUGUAUUGACCAAUA